GCCCGGAUGGGGAAACCGAGGCAGGGAGCAGGGGUGGGCGUGCGUGGGGAUCCCUUGAAGGCAGCCUCGGAAACCCCACUGAGCCAGCGCUGCCUGGGCGCUGUGUGACUCCAGACCAAGGAGGAUGAGCUGCUGUCCCUGGAAGAGAAGGGAUGGAGGGAAGCGGCUCCUACACAGUUCCCUCUGUGGCUGCUGCUGAUCUGGAGGAGGGUGCUGGUCAGACUAGGAGCUUGCCUGCCACCCCCUCCAAAGAUGUUCACAAGUGUGUUGGAGGCAUCAUCUUUUCCUCCUCACCGAUUUUAGACUUGAGUGGAAGUGGUCUGUGCCAUUUGGAGGAGGUCUUUAGAGUCCCCAGCCUUCAACAAUUGCAUCUGCAAAGGAACUCCCUGUGUGUGAUUCCUCAAGAUUUCUUUCAGUUGCUGCCGAACCUGACUUGGCUGGACCUCCGGUACAACAGAAUUAAGGUGCUUCCUUCCGGGAUCGGAGCCCACAGGCAUUUGAAAACUCUGCUUUUAGAAAGAAAUCCUAUCAAAAUGUUACCUGUGGAGCUGGGGAGUGUAACCACGCUGAAAGCACUGAACUUAAGACACUGCCCUCUGGAAUUCCCUCCGCCGCUCAUUGUGCAGAAGGGAUUGGUGGCUAUCCAGCACUUCCUGCGGAUGUGGGCAGUAGAACACUCUCUCCCCAGAAACCCAGCUUCUCAAGAGGCUCCACCAGUUAAAGAGAUGACCCUCCAUGACCUCCCGAGCCCAAGAUUGGAGUUGUCCGGAGACCACGCGUCUAACGAAGGAGCUGUGAACGCUCAGGGCCCAGAGGGGGCUGUGAUGAAAGAGAAGGCCGGCUUUCUCCCGCCUGUGGAAAAGCCAGACCUGAGUGAGCUCAGGAAGUCUGCUGACUCCUCAGAGCAGUGGCCCAGCGAGGAGGAGAUCAGGCGCUUUUGGAAGCUGAGGCAGGAGAUUGUUGAGCACGUGAAGACAGACACUCUGGGAAAUCAGCUCUUACCGAGGGAAUUACCUCCAAAUCUCAAGGCGGCCUUGAACAGCGAGAAAGAACUGCCAAAGCCAAGACACGUUUUCAGAAGGAACAUGGCCUCCUCCAGGGACAUCUUACCCGACCUCUUGUCACCGUACCAAAUGGCGAUCCGAGCAAAAAGACUGGAAGAGAGCCGAGCGGCGGCGCUCCGAGAGCUCCGGGAGAAGCAGGCUCUGAUGGAGCAGCAAAGACGAGAGAAAAGGGCACUGCAGGAGUGGAGAGAGCGAGCCCAGAGGAUGAGGAAGAGGAAGGAAGAGCUCAGCAAACUCCUGCCUCCGAGGAGGAGCAUGGUGGCAUCAAAGAUUUCCUCUGCCACAGAUCUGAUAGAUAACGGGAAAGUGCUACUGAAUCCACUUAGAAAAAUGAAACCAAGCAAAAAGAAAUCGCCACGAGCAAGUCAAGAAAUGAGUACCCUCCAGGAGGGAGAUUUAGAAAAGAAGAUAAAACAGCACAUCCACCAAAUGCAUGAGCGAAGAUUCCAAGGCCCAGCCCCGCCGGAGGAGAUGAGGAAGGCUGCCGAGGAUCUGGAAAUUGCCAAAGAGCUGCAGGAUGAAGUACUGAAGCUAAAAUUGGGAUUAGCCUUGAACAAAGACCGUCGAUGGGCGGCCCUCGCUGGAAACCUGUCACUUGGCCCGCCAGCGGCACAGCCACAAAAUACAUUUUUUAACACAAAAUAUGAAGAAUCAGGAAAUGUUCGCAGAUACAAGUGACACCAGGUGGCUGGACUAACAGAGACGUCUUCAGACAGGAGCCGCGCAUUCUUCUUUCCCAGGCGUCGCCUCCUGUGUGGUGGCCGGAAGAGCGCCAGGUUCAGUGUUACCCUUAGGGCUGAUUUCUCGGCAGCCUGUUCUCCUUAGACAAGUCCGUGUUCCUCUCCUGAGGCUGUGGAAGAUUUCAGCCGUAUUAACAGAAAGGACACUGUGA